AAAACCACACAAGGUUAUUCCACUAUAACUAUCUUAGUUAUCUUAGAAAUCAGUACUCUAAUACACACUUCUAAAGACAGAAAAAAGUGGAUAAUGUUUCCCUCACAUUUGUAGUUUGUUUGUGUGUGUGUGUGUGUGUGUGUGUGUGUGUGUGUGUGUGUGUCUAGUUUCAAGUUUGAGUAAGGAUGUCCCAAUGAAUUUGGGGUGUUCUCUUUGCAAAUGUCCUCGGGACACUUCAUCAUCAUCCCUGUCGUGUGGAGGGGGAAGUGUAAUAAAAACACAAGGGCGCUGAUGGUGAGUGUACUGGAGAGGAGUGUCAGAGUGGGACAGUGAGACAGGGCCAUGUCCCGCUGCAGUCUGAGGGCCCGUCUGGCUCCGUGUCUGUCCCAACAGGUCAGAGCCGCUCACACGGGACAGGUACCUGCUGUCAGAAAGGAUAACUCUGCCGUGCAAGCCUUCAGUGAGAUUCCCGGACAAUGGAAGAACAGCGUGGCCAAUCUCUACACACUCUGGAAAAUGGACGGCCUCGGUAAUAUUCACAGGAUUAUGCUGCACAAUUUCAAUAUUUAUGGUCCCAUUUACAGGGAAAAGGUUGGGUACUAUGAGAGUGUGAACAUCAUCAAGCCAGAAGACGCUGCUGUCCUGUUCAAAGCUGAGGGUCAUUAUCCCAAGAGGCUCAGGAUGGAAGCGUGGAUCUCCUACAGAGACUACAGGAACCGCAAAUAUGGCGUUGUGCUCAAAGAGGGAGAGGACUGGAAAUUCAACAGGAUCGUUCUGAACAAGGAAAUGAUUUCUCCAAAUGUGCAGGGGAACUUUUUGCCAAUGCUGGAUGAGGUCAGUCAGGACUUUGUGGCGCGUGUCUAUAAGAAGAUCGAGAGGACUGGACAGAACGAAUGGACCACAGAUCUGUCCCAUGAGCUCUUCAAGUUUGCUCUGGAAUCGGUGAGUCAUGUGCUGUACGGCAAGCGUUUGGGUCUGCUGUUGGACAACAUUGAUCCAGAGGCCCAGCACUUCAUCGACUGCAUCACCAUGAUGUUCAAGACCACCUCGCCCAUGCUGUACCUCCCGCCGGCCCUGCUCCGCCAUAUCGGGGCCAAAGUCUGGAAGGACCACGUGGAGGCCUGGGAUGGCAUCUUUAACCAGGCCGACCGAUGUAUCCAGAGUAUCUACGGACAGCUGAGGAAAAAUCCAGACGCUGAUGAGAAGUACCCUGGUGUGCUGGCCAGCCUCCUAAUGCAGGACAAACUGUCCAUCGAGGACAUAAAGGCCAGCAUCACAGAGCUGAUGGCUGGCGGCGUGGACACGACGUCUAUCACUCUGUUGUGGACGCUCUAUGAAUUGGCACGACUUCCGGACCUGCAGGAGGAGAUACGGGCCGAAAUCUCAGCCGCGCGUAUCACCUCUAAAGGAGAUGUGGUGCAGAUGCUCAAGAUGGUUCCUCUGCUUAAAGGAGCCUUGAAGGAAACUCUGAGGUUACAUCCUGUAGCAGUGAGUCUACAAAGAUAUAUUGCUGAAGACAUCGUCCUUCAAAAUUAUCACAUUCCAGCUGGGACCUUAGUUCAGCUGGGUGUCUACGCUAUGGGUCGUGAUCACCGGAUCUUCCCGCACCCGGAGCAGUACCGUCCCUCUCGCUGGGUCCGAUCCCAGACCCACUACUUCAGGAGCAUGGGCUUCGGCUCCGGCCCACGCCAGUGUCUGGGCCGCAGGAUCGCCGAGAACGAGAUGCACCUCUUCCUUAUUCAUAUGCUGGAGAACUUCAGGUUUGAGAAGCAGAGGCAGGUGGAGGUCAGGAGCACGUUUGAGCUCAUCCUGCUGCCCGAGAAGCCCAUCAUGCUCACCAUCAAACCGCUGAACGCCAGCAGAGCUGCAAACAGGAAAUGAUGUCAAAGACAGAACUGGAUGGAACACUGAGCUUUGGAGAUGGAAAAAAAAUCAACUCUGACAUGAAAUGCCUGUCAAACGUUUGGACUCAAUUUAUGUUUCUCUCGUGAUCUUAACACGACAUCACGAGUUCACGCAAAAAUGAAAAUUCUGUAGUUCAAACACAAAAAAAUAUAUAUUUUUAAGAAUGUUGGGAACACAGAGUUUUAAGUAUCUGCUUUUCCACAGAAGAAUAACACAUUUUGGACUGACAUGAAGGUGAGGGAAUUAUGAAAAAGCGACUCUAAAAUAUUUUCAUUUUAAUUUUUAAACUGCUUUUUCUUGGCGUGCAUUUGUUUCAAAGAUUUGAUGACUUUUCUAUUAUUCUAAAAUAUUAAUAAUAAAAAAUGAGUAUAGCAGGUGUGCCCAAAUUUUUGACUGGUACUAAAUGUCAGAUAAAAAAAAAAAAAAAAUUAAAUAUUCUAAAGAUAUAUACAUUAAGGGUGGGAAUCUUUUGGUAUCUCACGAUUCGAAUUCAUAUCGAUUCACGAUUUUCUGAUUUUUAAUCAUGAUUCACAAUUUUUCAUAAUUUUUUUGUGCACACUGGACAUCAAACACACCAGUCUACAGUAUGGGUAGUCCUGACUCAAGUAAUCAGUGUUUCCUAUUAACUUCCUAAUAAAUCAAAAAUAUUCGUAAAGGAAAUGAUGUGUAGUAUGUUUGGAAAGGAAAUGAUGUGUAGUAUGUUUGGAAAUGAAAUGAUGUGUAGUAUGUUUGGAAAGGAAAUGAUGUGUAGUAUGUUUGGAAAGGAAAUGAUGUGUAGUAUGUUUGGAAAGGAAAUGAUGUGUAGUAUGGAACCCCUAAAGGAAAUAAAUAUGAGAU